UGGCUAUUUCUCAGUGAAGUCUGGUUUGGGCAGUUAUCAACCAUGAGACGCUCUAGUGACUGCCCCAAAGAGUCACCCUUUCCAAAAGCUGGCGAUCUUGCACCUUCAAGCUCUUGGGAGCACUCCCCACAAGUCCUUACAGCAUGUGAGAGAGAAGAAACCCACAAUGAUCCUCCAUCUUCAGAAGUGGAGGGUGUGGACUCGGAAACCAGUAAUAUCUCCUGCUUGCUGGAGCUGGCAUGGUCUCUGCAAUCUCGUCGCCCUGCAGAGGAAGGUGCAGUCUCCUCCGCCAGCCAAUCACAUAAAGAGAUGGUUCCCCCCAAGCAACCCAGAACUGCUUCCAGCACUGAGAGCCCUCGUGGCAGGAGUAAAGCCCCGAUACUGUACCAUCUGUUGACUCGUCCACAUCCCACUAGUGACUCUGGACAUCAGAGUGGCCAAGCUUUGCUCCCAGGUGCACAUGCAUCUGCAGCUGAUGGUGAGGAGCUUGUGCUCUCCGAUGAUGAAAUUCUCUCCUCUGAUGAGGGAACUCUUUCUUCCUCAUGGGAGGAGAAAGAGGCACUCUCCUUGGCUUGUACACAGGAUCCCAUCCCUGUACCCUUCAUGCAACCUGGAGCGUCUUCACAUUCUGUCUUGAGUGCUGAGGGCUGUUGUGGCAGUGAUGAAGCCCCGAUACUGCACCAUCUGUUGACUCGUCCACAUCCCACUAGUGACUCUGGACACCAGAGUGGCCAAGCUUUGCUCCCAGGUGCACAUGCAUCUGCAGCUGAUGGUGAGGAGCUUGUGCUUUCCAAUGAUGAAACUCUCUCCUCCGAUGAGGGAACUCUUUCUUCCUCAUGGGAGGAGAAAGAGGCAUUCUCCUUGGCUUGCGCACAGGAUCCCAUCCCUGUACCCUUCAUGCAACCUGGAGCGUCUUCACAUUCUGUCUUGAGUGCUGAGGGCUGUCGUGGCAGUGAUGAAGCCCCGAUACUGCACCAUCUGUUGACUCGUCCACAUCCCACUAGUGACUUGGGACAGCAAAGUGGCCAAGCUUUGCUCCUCGGUGCAUAUGCUUCUUCACCUGAGAGCCCUCGUGGCAGUGAUGAAGCCCCAAUACUGCACCAUCUGUUGACUCGUCCACAUCCCACUAGUGACUUGGGACAGCAAAGUGGCCAAGCUUUGCUCCUCGGUGCAUAUGCUUCUUCACCUGAGAGCCCUCGUGGCAGAAAUAAAGCCCCAAUACUGCACCAUCUGUUGACUCGUCCACAUCCCACUAGUGACUUGGGACAGCAAAGUGGCCAAGCUUUGCUCCUCGGUGCAUAUGCUUCUUCACCUGAGAGCCCUCGUGGCAGAAAUAAAGCCCCAAUACUGCACCAUCUGUUGACUCGAUCACAGCAUGCUAGUGUCCUGGGACAGCAGAGUGGCCAAGCUCUGCUCCCAAAUAUGCAUGCUUCUGCCCCUGAGCAGGUGGAACCCUCCCACGGCUUGCAGACAAAGCGAAGGGGAAGCGGAUCACACCCAGCUGCGUUGGGUGGCGCACAAUCGCAACCCCGAGUUGAGAAGCCUGUUGAGAAAAUGGAGCACUGAGAUCCUAUACACCCCGUGGUGGCACUGUACAAUAUUGAAUGUGCCUCGAUACUAGUAGAAGAAAUGCUUCCAUGCUCCAUGGUUGAUUAAUUCUGCUUCGUUCCAGCCGUUGAUGCAUUUGAUGGCCCCAAACCAGAAGGUGCCUGGACAGAAAUUAUUUUUCAGGGUGAGCUGGGCCAGCCUUGGGAUAUCAUUAAAGCAAUUGAGCAAGGGCUGAGAGAGUCACUCUGCCCUGGUGGCUGGGCCAAAGGAUCAACAAUGGGCAAUCUGUCUUUCAUAGGAAAUUGGGCUGGGGACAAUGAUGGAAUUUUGUGCAGGCGCCAGAAGGUGAUGGCCACGUGCGAGGAAUCUGGAGGCACUUUCAGCAAUGCCAGGAGACCCACUACUGCCUGAAUGAACUGCAGUUGUCGUACAUUCUCCUGCAUAAAUGGCUGAAGUGUACACCAUGAGAACUUAUAUGGAUUUUUUAAAAGGUUAUUGGCAGUUGCUUAAUCAUCUGUUUUUAAUGGAUCUGUUCAAAUUAAAUAAAGACUAGUGAAAUUUGA